GCUAUUCUGGCAGCAUCAGUUGGGAGAGAGGUGCUGUUUCCAAUCAAUGACCCUUCCAAGCUCUUCCUUGAUGACACAAAGGUGAAAAAUUUCAUCACCUGCUUUAAAGAUAAACAGUUCCUCGUUUUCUUCUUCAAGCAACUCAGGAAGAAUUCUACCGGCCGCUACCAGGAGUUCCCCUAUGUGUCGCUGUGCGGCCGUGAGCGGAACUUUGUACGCUGUGAUGACCUUCCUGUUGUGUUCACCCACCUGAUCAAAGGUGAAGGCUCUGAGCGGGAGCUACUGUCCUACUGCGGGGGUGGGGACAAGCUGGCUGUGCUGUUUGAACCUGAGCGGUUGUUCAUGCCGGAGAAUGGCCGAGUCUAUCACCCAGCCCCAGAGAGGUCAGGCAGGGUUGGGCUGGUUAAAUCCUCCCUGGCCUUUGAGCUCAGCCCUCAGUUUGAGUACAGCGACGGUAGACCUGACAGUGGCCCACCAUCACACUUCCACUGGAACGGUCAGCGUUACAGACUGACCAACGAACUCUCCUCAAUCAUCAUGAGUAGAAAACCCGCCUAGCAGGGAUCUGGCUUCUUUGCUAAUGGGACAAGCAUGGGAGCUGACAUCGCAUGUAACGAAGGUCAUACUGGAAUGUCAGAAAGAUAAAACAUUGUAAUUAUGAUCCCCACCCCUUACUCAUUACCUCAAAGGCUGUGGGAAAGGAAUUGUAAUUGAUCAGCUGCUGGGGAAACUGUACAUCUCUGUAACUAGGGUUGGAGGGGGAAUAAAAUCACAGCUCAUCUCCCUGUC